CUCCCAUCUCUCUCUGUGAUCUGAACUGAAUAUUCCCCCGAUCGAAAUAUCCGAAUCCCUUCAAAUUAACGGUGGAAAAAAUGUCAUCCACAUUCAGCGGCGAUGAAACUGCUCCCUUCUUCGGCUUCCUUGGCGCCGCUGCUGCGCUCGUUUUCUCCUGCAUGGGAGCGGCGUAUGGUACAGCGAAGAGCGGAGUUGGGGUGGCGUCAAUGGGAGUGAUGCGGCCGGAGCUGGUAAUGAAAUCAAUUGUGCCGGUUGUUAUGGCUGGAGUUUUAGGUAUUUAUGGGUUGAUUAUUGCGGUUAUUAUUAGCACUGGUAUCAACCCUAAGGCCAAAUCCUAUUACCUUUUUGAUGGAUAUGCUCACCUUUCCUCUGGUCUUGCUUGCGGUCUCGCUGGUCUUUCUGCCGGUAUGGCAAUUGGCAUCGUCGGUGAUGCUGGUGUGAGGGCUAAUGCACAGCAACCAAAGCUUUUUGUGGGAAUGAUUCUUAUUCUCAUCUUUGCUGAGGCGUUGGCUUUGUAUGGUCUUAUUGUUGGAAUCAUCCUCUCCUCGCGAGCUGGCCAGUCCAGAGCAGAAUAGAGUGCUUGAGACAUGAGUUAUUGGCUUCAUUAGUUAUCCUCAUUCAGGUGAAUGCUAAUAUGAAGUAGAUGUUAUCUUUCUAAUUUAUCAUUGAGUCGUCUUCUGCAAGUUGCAGGCUAGUGAGUUUGAAUUUGAAAUAAAACUUGUCUUAAGUUGUUUUGUUAUUGUUGUAUUUUAUAUGUAAGCUCAGCCUGAUGUAAACAGUUUACACCUUCAUUUGAUAUUUCAUAAAUCUGUUUUAAUGUU